UUCAUAGCAGCCAUGUGAUUACGAAAGACGUGCAAGGCCAAGGAUCUCGUCGCAAUACGUAGCAAUACGUUUCUUUAUGCAUAAAUGCUUGAAAGGACAGGACAUGGAUGUUCGUCUGACAAGUAUCAAGGAUAUGAAGUGCUCUUGGGGGUUGGUCAAGUGUUGGAGCGAUGCCUACAAUUAGAUGUCUUUCAAACGUUAUAGGAUGCAUUUUGAUUACUUGUCAUGGCUCGAUGUCAGUUCGCACAAAAACCCGAUGAUGGUCAAAAAUGCCCAAAGCAGAUAUCAUGCAGAAUGUCAUUAGGUGCUGAAAAGCGAUGAGGAACAUUUGUGACCGAUCCAAAGGCACCCUGGCCAUUUCGAUCGAUUUGGGCCGCGUCCAAGUGAUAUAAAAUCGCUGGGCAAGGCUCUCCAUUUCCUAUUUUUCGUCCAGAUCUGCAAUAUGCUCGUGCUUAUAGUGAUUAUCCUACAUCUAGUGGACGGCAUCCAAGGGCGUCAGGCGCCAUUAACGAUAUCCCCAGGUUUAGACCUCUUUGGCGGGACAUCUCCUUGGAAUGUGUCAGAAUGGGAAGCCAUAGAUGAUCGAGUUCGAGGAGGCACGUCUGAAAGUACCCUGGAACUUGUUCAGAAUAACACAGUGCUCUUCAAAGGCUACGUUGACACGGAAAUCCUCGGCGGAGCUGGCUUUGCAUCUCAGAGAACCCGUGGGAACUUGAUGUUGGAUCUUUCUUUGUAUACGCAUCUUCAGAUCCAGGUUGCAGCAUCGGAUCAAAGAACCUAUUCGCUGAAUCUCUACACUAGCCCCGAAAAGCCGAGCUAUCCAUACUCUCGUCUUACAUACAAGUACAGCUUCAAUCCCCAGGGCCAUGCAGGCGAUUUCUCUGCACCGUGGGACGAUUUUAAGCCGUUCUGGAGGGGAAAGGAGGUGGAUGGCCCUAAACUGGAUGCUAGCUCCAUCCAAGGCCUAGGAAUUAUGUGUCAGAGCUUUUUUGGAGCGCAGGAGGGCGAUUUUCAGCUUGUAGUUGCGAGAAUCUCUGCCGUCGUUAAAUAACUCGUCGAGAUAUUUCUGUAGACUUGUAGUAGAUUCAGUAUAGCAGAUAUAAUGGCUUACAUGAACAUUGGAAACUCUCGUUGCUUUCACCGAA